AUGCCUUUUUUGGUUGAUAUUGACGACAGUGAUGACGAUUUGGGGAUAAAUGAAGUCCCUUUUGGGACGUUCAGGGCACUCAUCGUAGGAAUUCGCUAUUACAAAGGGACUGUGAAUAGAAAUGAAAUGGUUUCAAUGACUCGAGAACCAUACAACCCAUACGAUAGAAAUGCCAUUCGAAUAAACAAUGUUGGUGGUGUUCAAGUUGGACACAUCAAACGAGAACAAGCCCGCGUCCUUUCAGCAAUUAUUGACAAAGGAACAGCAAGAGCUGAAGGGGUUGUUCCCUUUGGAACAAACAACAAAUUCUCAAUGCCAUGUGACAUAACACUUUGGGGAGAUGAGGAAAAUAAAGAUCAAGUCAUAAGAGAAAUGAAUCGUGGUGGUCUACAUCUCUCGAGCUACAAAUCAAAAGAAUAUGGAUCUGACGGAUCUGAUGGUAACAGUUCCAUUGGAUCUAGAGGCCCCAUGGUCCAUUCUGUCAAGGUUUCUGCCCAGGCUAUGAAAAGAGAACUGGAUCAAAUGUUUGAGAAAUUAACUGAAACCUCAGUUUCUAUGAUUUCUGAACCUGCUGAUGCAUUGAAAACAAAACUAUACCCACAUCAAUUGCAAGCACUUUCGUGGAUGAUGGCUUGCGAAAAUGGGAACAGUUUGCCACCAUUCUGGGAGGAAAGAGGACCAAAAGACUUUUUCAAUUCAGCAACUAAUUUCAGUGCUCCAAAGCGUCCUGAAAGUGUCAGAGGUGGGAUCUUAGCAGACGAUAUGGGCCUAGGAAAAACAUUGGAGGUCAUAUCACUGAUUGUCACAAAUUUUAAGAAUGGCAAAAAUCUUGUCACUGUUGACAAGACCAAGGAAGUUGUCAUCAAUGCAGAAGAUGGAGAAAUUAUUCCAAAGAAGAAAAGGAAAAGAACACCAAGUUCUCAUAAAUCAAAGAGAGAGAGUUUCAAAGAAAUCUUAAAUGUUAAUGAUGAGGAAGAUGAUGCUAAAAUGGAAGCUGAGCUUCCACCUCUUCCAUCUUUCACUUCAACAGAAGACCCAGAUUUCAUCUUGUCUACAGAAAAUGCACCACCCAUGGAAACCAAUGUAAGCAAGCGCCCACAAAGAGCCUCAAAACGUCCGGUGCGGUACAUAUAUGAUGAUGAUGAAGAAUCUGUUAAUAGCUCGAAUGUUGAUACUGAUUCAAUGGAAAAUGCAGGCAAGGAGAAAAGCAAAAGGAAAAAACCAAGGCAAACUAAUAGCAAACCAAAAUUCAACGAAAUACAAUCCACCAAUCAGUUACCUGCCCAAGAACAAGUAUGUGUCAGCGAAACUGUCAUAGUUGAUGGUGACACUUUCAAAGUUGAUGGCGAAACUGUCAUAGUUGAUGGAGGUAAUUUAAAAGUUGAUGGUGAAAUUGUAAUAGGAGAUGAGGGAAGUAUGAAAGUUGAAAAUGAAACAGUCAUAGUUGAUGGGGGAGAUUUAAAAGUUGCUGGAGAAAUUGUUGUUGGUGAUGGUGAAACGUCCCAAGUGCACUGCAGUCAAAAUGGCGCUGUAGCUGAAGUAAACCAGGACAACUGCUUUACACUCAAAACUUACAAAAGCAAGAAGACAAAGGCCAGUGGAGCAAGAGCAACUUUGGUGAUUUGCCCGCUCUCGGUGCUUAGCAACUGGCAGGCCGAAAUUUCAGAGCACGUUUGGCCAGGCCUCCUUGAUGUUCACACAUACUAUGGAAGUGAUCGUAUUCGCGACCCGAGCAUUUUAAGUCAGAAGGAUAUUGUGUUGACGACUUACCAAACGUUGGCUACGGAAGCCAGUAAGCACGAAUCUGCUUUGAUGCAGACAAAAUGGCUUCGCAUUGUUCUCGACGAAGGCCACUGCAUUAGGAAUCCAAAUGCCUUGCAAACCAAGAAGAUUCAUGAACUGCAAGCUGAAAGGAGAUGGGUCGUCACUGGUACACCAAUUCAGAAUUCAAUGAAAGAUUUGUGGUCUCUGAUCUGUUUCCUGCGAUUGGAUCCAUUCACAGACAGGCAGUGGUGGACAAGGUUCGUGGAAAGACCUAUUAAAAAUGGAGAGAAAGAUGCCACGAUGAGACUGCAGCAAGUGAUGAAAGUGAUUGCAUUGCGUAGAACUAAAACUCAACGUGGGUCAAAUGGAAAACCUAUUGUAGACAUUCCCGAAAAGAACAUCUUUGUCAGUUACGUUGAAUUUUCGCCUGAGGAACGAGAUAUUUACAAGGCUGUAGCAGAGGAAGGGAAAAUCACAAUUGGAAAAUAUCUAAAAGCUGGUACACUAUUGAAGAACUAUUCCGAGGUUCUUGUCAUCUUGACAAGACUUCGUCAGCUUUGCUGUCACCCACAGCUCUGUACUGCAGCCCUUGAAGCUGCCGCAAAGCAAGCCAUGGAGGGUUCAACACCAGAGGAGCUUAGAAAAAGACUGACAGCAAUUUUAAGCAUGGUCAUUUCAGGGGUCAGUGAAGACUGCCCGAUCUGUAUGGAUCCUCUUGAUCUUCCCGUUAUUACCCACUGUGCGCAUAUUUUUUGUCGGAAAUGCAUUGAAAUGUCAAUUGAAAGAACAAGUCCGACAUGCCCUAUGUGUAGAGGAUGCAUAUCUGUAGAUAAACUGGUUGAUCCCCCCGCUGAUCAAGAGGAAGACAGUAUGGAAAGCAAUGAAUGGAAUUCUAGUGCCAAGGUCGAUGCUUUGUUGAAUGCCUUAGAAAAGCAAAGACAAGCAGAUGCAUCAGUAAAAUGUCUCGUGGUGUCUCAGUUUGCCUCAUACCUGCGCUUGCUGAGAAAACCACUGGAAGGAAGGGGCUUCUCUUUUGUGCACCUCGAUGGAAGCAUGAAUCAGGAGCAGAGAUCUAGAGCCAUCAAAGAAUUUUCUGAUAAAAGUCCCAACUCUCCAAAAGUUUUUCUGCUGUCUUUAAAAGCUGGUGGUGUUGGUCUCAACCUGACUGCUGCUUCGAAAGUUUACCUGAUGGAACCAGCAUGGAACCCAGCUGCUGAAGACCAAUGUUUUGACCGAUGUCAUCGUUUAGGCCAAACAAGGCCCGUUGAGAUUCAUAAGUUUGUCAUUAAAAAUUCAAUUGAAGAGCGCAUGCUUGAAAUGCAGGAUCGAAAGAAGAUGCUGAUGAGUGGGGCAUUUGCGAAACCCAAGGCGGAGGAGGCUCGACAGCAAAGAAUCAAGGAUGUUGCAAAUCUCAUGAACUUUGCAUGAAUAAAUUUUGGUUAAUUAUGAUAAUGCAUUCUUCAUAGUAUUAUAAAUGAUUCUAGAUUAUUCAAAGAUGGAGGUGGCAUCGAUAAGAUUUUAUUCGAUUGAGUAAACGUGACAAUGAAGGAAAGUGCUGUAAAGCAACAAGUUAGCAAACAGAUAUGAUACUCCUGACUUGUCCGUUUUUCAUUUGGGGGAGACACGUUUUUGAAAGCAUCUGCAAAUCAGUUUACCUUCCCUAGCCACUUAUCAGUGCCACCGAAUGAGAAUUGUGUAUUUUUUACAGGAAUUUUUGUAAGGUCGAAAUUAAGUAGCUUUUAGAUGAAUUAUUAGUUACGAUAACAGUAUGUGCCUUAGCUGUGCUGCUUCCUGUUCGAGAGGGUAGGGUAUGCUGUAUUUUUGCUGGGACCACAGAAUAGAGAGUAGGGGCUGUGUUUCAACAAUGUUGUGUUUGACGUGACCUCAUGUUAAUACAAUGAGUGCAAUGAGAAAGGAGUGCUAAUUCUAUUCACAAAACAACUAGCAGAGCUUGUAAUGUUGUGUAGUAAGGGCGUUUAAAGCACUUCUUUCCUAUACGAAAUCUCCAGAAGCAGAACGAACAACUGAUUUGACAGCGCAUUUGAAUCGUUUCUUAGCACCCAGACAGGUCUCUAUUCCUUAGCGAUUAGUAGUGGAGACAUGUUAGCAGAAUGUGAUCCAAAACUACAGGAGAACAUUCUGAACUGAUCACAGUCACAAAUGAUUAUUCCAUACUUGUGGUUGACUCAACCAUAGAAGCAAAUGUAUAGUCCGGAUACUACUAUUGCCUUUCUCCUACACCCCCUCCUCUUCUAAAUACCCGUCGUGUCCCCUGUUCCAUAUGAUAUGUCAAACAAUAGUUCAUUCUUCGUAUUAUACUUAUAUUCACGUUCUGUUCUGUUGUAGUUUGCGUGGUUGGCUAAUGUUAAUAGUAAUAGUAAUAUCUUGUAUCUUCAAGCUUUUGUAAGUAGAAUUGAUUAAUUUUGCUCUGAAAAUUCAUUCUUUCGAGCAUA